CCUCCUAAUUGCAUGAAGGCACAUGUUGUAAUUGUGAAAUUCAUCAGAUACUAGACAGAAUAUAAAGCCAGAGAGAGUCCUAAUGGGAACAACAGCAAGGCAUUAGGUGCUUGUCUACAACAACAUGAUCUGGAUCAUUAGCUUUUUGGCUUUGGUGGCUUCCACUCUGGGAUGUGGUGUGCGUCAGCCAUUAGGUUGGGCUGAUAAAGAAUCAACCCGGAAAAAACCUAUUGAUGGAGACAUUCAUGCAAGUAUAAUGCAUGGAGUUGAUGCUCUCCCUUGGCCCUGGCAGGUCUCCAUCAAGACAUCCAGUGGCGAGCACCUAUGUGGCGGCUCCCUGAUCAACAGCUAUUGGGUCCUCACUGCUGCCCACUGUCAAAUUCAGACUAGAAGUCACUAUGUAGUCUUGGGACAGUAUGAUCGUGGCUCUAAUGAUGGAAAUGUUCAGGUCAAAAGAAUUGCUAAGGUCAUCACCCAUCCCGACAACAACAUACAGACUAAUUUCAACAAUGAUGUUACUCUACUUAAACUGUCCAGUCCAGCAAAAAUGACGUCCCGUGUGUCUCCCGUAUGUUUGGCAAGCUCUUCUUCAAACAUUGUCCCCGGGACUCUUUGUGUCACAACUGGCUGGGGCAGAACUGAAACUGAACUGAGCGCUCGUAUCCUGCAGGAAGCCACCAUACCAAUAGUGAGUCAGUCUCAAUGUAAGCAGAGUUUUGGGCAGAGCAAAAUCACCAACAGCAUGAUCUGUGCGGGAGGCUCUGGAUCCUCAUCUUGCCAGGGUGAUUCUAGUGGCCCUCUGAUGUGUGAGAGUUCUGGUGUUUGGUAUCAAGUGGGCAUUGUUUCCUGGGGCAACAAAGACUGCCGUGUGGAUUUUCCAUUAGUAUAUGCCCGCGUCUCUUACUUUCGAAAAUGGAUUGACGAAAUUCUUAGUCCCUUUAUUAAUCUGGGGUCACCACAGCGGAAUGAACCACCAACUUAUCCAGCACGUUUUACUCAGCGGAUGCCCUUCCAGCCACAACCCAUCUCUGGGAAACAUCCACAAUUCACCUGUAUCGCAUGUCUUUGGACUGUGGGGGAAACCGAUAGCACCCAGAGGAAACCCACGCGAACGCAGGAGAACAUGCAAACUCCACACAGAAACGGCAACUGACCCAGCCGAGGCUCGACAAGCGACCUUCUUGCUGUGAGGCGCCAGCACUACCUACUGUGCCACUGCCUUGCCUAAAACUUUUUUUGCAUACUAGAAUUUGGCCAGUAUAUUUUUUUUUAUGUUUAAAAACAUAAGACUAAA